AUGAUUGUCUACGUCCUUCUGGCUAUCAUCGCCGCCAUCGCCUACUAUUUCUUCUCUAAAAAUGGGACGGAUGAGCCGCCGAAAACUGCUCCGAAGAGCACGAGAAGCACUCGAUCGGCGCCUAGGACGUCUUCAAGGAAACCGGUGGUCGUCACUGAGCAACCGGCUCCAGUUCCAGUUCCAAUUGUGUCAGCUCCAGAAGUUCAGCAGCCAGUGGAGGCCCCUCCAGCUCCAGUACCUGCUCCAGUUCAAGAAAUUGCUGCUCCGGCUCCUGUAGAACCUGUACCAGAACCUGCUCCAGUCCAAGUUGCUCCACCGCCAUCCGAACCUGCACCAGCUCCUGCACCUGCACCAGCUCCUGCACCUGAACCAGUACCGAUUCUCGACCCAUUGAGUUCUCCAAUCCGUCCACCAAUCGGUGGUAACUCUGUUUUGUUGGCGCCCCCGGAUAACUUCUCCGGCCAAAUUGGCGGAAAAUCGGAACGAUUGGCUCCGGAUGUUGCUCCACCGGCUCCGGCUAUGGUUCAGGCUCCAGAGGCACCGGCUCCGGUUCCAGAAGCUCCUGCUCCAGCUCCACAGGUGGCUCCACAGGCGGCUCCAGUCGAGUCUGUCAUGUUGGCUCCAAAAACGAAUGAAACUGCUCAGGCACCCGGACCCGGAGGUCCUUCAUCGGCUCACUUGCCAGUCGCCUCCGCUGGUGACACAUCGAAAAAGUCGAAGAAAACGAAAAAGAAGAAGAACAAGAAGUCGAAGGAUAAGAAAAAAUCCGCCAAUACCUCCACCAAAAACAAGAAAAAGAAGAAGAAGAGCAAGGGAAAGAGCACCUCUUCAUCAGCUGCUCCAUCCCCAGCUCAACCUGAAACCGGAGUCCAAACAGCCAACGAAAUCCGUAGCGAUGCUCCAGAAUCCAACGUCAACACUGCCCUCUCCAUCCGUUCCCCAGCCACUCAAGACGCUCCUGAACCAGAUGUCAAAACUGCUGCCGAGGCGAAAAAUGACGAUCCAGAGACUGGUGUGAAGACGGCUGCAGAGGAUAAGAACGACGUGCCAGAAUCUGGAGUCAAAACUGCCAACGAGGCGAAGAAUGAUGUACCGGAGUCUGGAGUGAAGACGGCUGCUGAAGAUAAGAGUGAUGCUCCAGAAUCUGGUGUGAAGACUGCGACGGAGAUGGGUGGAGGAGAGCAGCCGAAGCGAGAUGGCGCUCCAAAGGAAUAG